UCCUGGGACCAGGGAAGGAGGAGUGGAGAGACUUAGUUCCCGCGACUGAGCCGCGAGGCCUGGAGGACUUAUCCUCCCCCGCUGCAGUUCCAAGCCAGAGCGCGCCAAGCAAUUUUCUCAUCCUUCUGGCCCAGCUUCGGCUACAAGCAGGACCCCCACGCAGCGCGCGGAGUUCCUGGCACUUUCCGAAGGGGUCUAUUGCUCCCUGCCCAGAGACUGACUGCGCGCUCUCGGACUUACCUGUUAGAGCACUAACACCUGGACCAUGCACUUAUUCAGGAACCCCAGGAUAGCCUCCCACGCACGCCGGGUAGCCAAAGCCACCAGUUUUCAGCCAAUGCCUCGGCCUCCGCCACGGACCCUGCUGCUGCUGCUGCUGCUUCUCCUGCCACUGGUAAGCUGCCUUCCAGCACAGCCCGAUGCCCCCGGCCGGGUGUUGCUGUCCUCAGGUCUCCCGGGGGUUGCAGGGGUCCCCGCCGAGGAGGCUAUAGUAAUGGCGAACCGUGGGCUCCGGGUGCCUUUUGGCCGUGAGGUCUGGCUGGAUCCACUGCAGGACCUGGUGCUGCAGGUGCAGCCGGGGGACCAUUGCACGGUGACCGUACUAGACAACGACGCUCUGGCCCAGCGGCCUGGCCGCCUGAAUCCCAAGCGCUUCCCCUGCGACUUCGGUCCUAGAGAGGUGAGCUACUCUCACCUGGGUGCGCGCAGCCCCUCGCGAGAUCGCAUUCCGCUGCAGCUGCGCUAUGACGCGCAGGGAGAGACUGCAGUGCUUCCCUUGGUGCUGGAGGUGGUUGUGGUCUUUACUCAGCUGGAAGUUGUGACUCGGAACUUGCCUCUGGUCGUGGAGGAGCUGCUGGGGACCAGCAAUGCUCUGGACGCGCAGAGCUUGGAGUUCACCUACCAGUCUGAGACAGAGGAGUGUCGUGUGGGCAUCCUGUCUGGCUUGGGCACGCUGCCUCGCUAUGGGGAACUCCUACACUACCCGCAGGUCCCAGGACUAGCCAGCGAGGGGGAUACCCAGGAGCCUCUCCUGAUGGACUGCAAAGCUUUUCAGGAGCUAGGUGUGUGCUACCGUCACACAGCCUCCAGUCGCUCACCAAACAGAGACUGGGUGCCCAUGGUGGUGGAGCUGCACUUGCGAGGGGCUCCUGUGGGCAGCCCUGCUUUGAAACGCGAGCACUUCCAGAUGCUGGUGAGAAUCCGAGGAGGGGUUGAGAACACUGCCCCCAAGCCCAGUUUUGUGGCCAUGAUGAUGAUGGAGGUGGACCAGUUUGUACUGACCGCCCUCACCCCAGACAUGUUGGCAGCUGAGGAUGCUGAAUCUACCCCUGACUUGUUGAUCUUCAACCUCACCUCCCCAUUUCAGCCUGGCCAGGGCUACCUGGUAAGCACUGAUGAUCGCAACCUGCCGCUCUCCUCCUUUACUCAGAGAGAUCUGCGCCUCCUGAAGAUUGCCUACCAGCCACCCUCUGAAGACUCUGACCAGGAGCGUCCCUUUGAGUUUGAGCUGGAGGUAGUAGACCCAGAAGGAGCAGCCUCAGAUCCCUUUGCCUUCAUGGUGGUGGUGAAGCCCAUGAAUACACUGGCUCCGGUGGUUACCCGCAACACUGGUCUCAUUCUCUAUGAGGGCCAGUCUCGGCCCCUCACCGGCCCUACAGGCAGUGGACCACAAAACUUGGUCAUCAGCGAUGAAGAUGACCUAGAGGCAGUGCAGCUAGAGGUGGUGGCUGGGCUCCAACAUGGUCACCUCAUCCUUCUGGUUGGCUCCAGUGGUAACCCUGUCACUAAGGCCUUUACAGUAGCUCAGCUAACAGCUGGUCAGGUGGUCUACCACCAUGAUGACAAAGAUGGCUCACUGAGUGACAACCUGGUGCUUCGAAUGGUAGAUGGAGGACACAGGCACCAGGUGCAAUUCCUAUUCCCUAUCACCUUAGUGCCUGUGGAUGACCAGCCACCAGUCCUCAGUGCCAACACAGAGCUGACACUAGCAGAGGGUGAAACAAUGCCCAUACAACCCUUUGCUCUCAGUGCAACUGACAUAGACUCAGAUGACUCUCUGCUGCUUUUUGUGCUGGAGUCUCCCUCAACUACAGGCCAUCUGAUUAUCCGCCAACCUCAUCCUCCACAAGAGGUGGAGCAGCUUAGUGGAAGUCCUUGGAAGAAACAAGGAACAUUUUAUGAGAAAAUAGUGACAAAGUGGCGGCAGCAGGACAUAACAAAGGGGAGGCUGUUCUAUAUGCACUCUGGGCCCCAUAAUCCUGGACCAGUGAUGGAUCAGUUCACAUUUCGAGUUCAGGAUAACCAUGACCCCCCUAAUCAAUCUGGGCUACAGAAGUUUGUGAUCCGCAUUCAUCCUGUGGAUCGCCUCCCUCCAGAGUUGGGCAGUGGCUGUCCCCUUCGGAUGGUGGUGCAAGAAUCCAAGCUUACACCGCUGAGGAAGAAGUGGCUGCAAUACACUGACCUGGACACAGAUGACCGAGAACUACAUUACACAGUGACUCAGCCUCCAAUGGACACAGAUAAAAACCACUCGCCAGCCCCAUUAGGAACCUUGGUCCUGACUGACAACCCUUCUAUCGUGGUGGCCCAUUUUACCCAAGCCCAGAUCAAUCACCAUAAAAUUGCUUACAGACCUCCAGAUCAAGAACUGGGAGUGGCUGCCCGAGUGGCCCAGUUCCAGUUCCAGGUGGAGGACCGAGCUGGGAAUGUAGCUUCAGGCAUCUUCACCCUUUACUUGCAGCCAGAGGACAACCAGCCACCUGAGAUCCUCAACACUGGCUUUACUACUAAGGAGAAAGGACACCACAUCCUGAGUGAGUCUGAGUUGCAUGUGAAUGAUAUAGACACUGAUGUAGCCCACAUCUCUUUUACUCUAACACAGGCGCCCAAACAUGGUCACAUAAGGGUGUCUGGACAGAUACUACCUGUAGGUGGGGUUUUCCAUCUGGAGGACAUAAAACAGGGUCGGAUUUCCUAUGACCAUAGUGGGGAUGACUCCCUUACUGAUAACUGCUCCUUGGAGGUCAGUGACAGACACCAUGUGGUGCCCAUAACGCUCAGAGUGAAUGUCCAACCAGUGGAUGAUGAGGUGCCCAUGCUGAGCCUUCCUGCUGGCACUCUGGGGUCCUACCUAGAUGUUUUAGAGAAUGGGGCUACUGAAAUCACUGCCAGUGUUAUCAAGGGGACUGAUGAAGACACUGAUGAUUUAAUGUUGACUUUCCUCUUGGAAGAUCCACCCUUAUAUGGAGAAAUCCUGGUCAAUGGAGUUCCAGCAGAGCAGUUUACUCAAAGGGACAUCCUGGAGGGCUCUGUUGUCUAUGCCCAUACCAGUGGUGAGAUAGGCCUAUUGCCCAAAGAGGACUCUUUUAACCUGAGUCUGUCAGCUAUGUCUCAAAAAUGGAGAAUAAGUGGCAGUACUAUCCAAAGAGUUACUGUGUGGGUGACCAUCCUUCCUAUUGACAACCAGGCCCCAGAAAUUUCUGUAGGUGAACAGUUUAUAGUAAUGGAAGGUGAUAAAAGUGUCAUAACCUCAAUGCAUAUAAGUGCUGAAGAUAUUGAUUCCCUAAAUGAUGACAUCCUGUGCACUAUAGUUAUUCAGCCUACCUCAGGUUACGUUGAAAAUAUUUCUCCAGCACCAGGCUCUGAAAAAUCAAGAGCAGGGAUUGCCAUAAGUGCCUUCACACUGAAAGAUCUCAGGCAUGAUCAUAUUAACUAUGUCCAGAGCAUACAUAAAGGAGUGGAACCUGUGGAAGAUAGAUUUAUAUUUCGUUGUUCUGAUGGCAUUAACUUUUCAGAAAGACAUUUUUUCUCUAUUGUUAUCAUUCCCACCAAUGAUGAACAGCCAGAAAUAUUUAUGAGAGAAUUUAUGGUGAUGGAAGGCAUGAGUCUGGUGAUUGAUACGCCCAUCCUCAAUGCUGCUGAUGCUGACAUUCCCCUGGAUGAUUUAACUUUCACUCUUACCCAAUUUCCUACUCAUGGUCGCAUCAUGAGCCAGCUGAUAAACAGCACAGUUUUGGUCAAAAGCUUUACCUUGGACCAGAUCAUAGAGAGUUCCAGCAUUAUUUAUGAGCAUGAUGACUCUGAGACCCAGGAAGAUAGUUUUGUGAUUAAACUAACAGAUGGUAAGCACUCUGUGGAAAAGACAGUUCUCAUUAUGGUUAUCCCUGUUGAUGAUGAGACCCCCAGAAUGGCCAUUAAUAGUGGAUUAGAAAUAGAAGUUGGGGAAACCAAAAUUAUGAACAAUAAAAUAUUAAUGGCAACUGAUUUAGAUUCUGAAGACAAAUCAUUGGUUUAUAUAAUUCGUUAUGGGCCAGAACAUGGAUUAUUACAGAGACAAAAACCUAUGCAUGCCUUUGAAAAUAUCACAAUGGGCAUGAAUUUUACCCAGGAUGAAGUGGACAGGAACUUAAUUCAAUAUGUCCAUUCUGGGCAAGACAGCAUUCAGGACCUAAUUAAAUUUGAUGUGACUGAUGGAACAAAUACCCUCAUAGAUUGCUAUUUUUAUGUAUCUAUUGGGAGCAUUGACAUUGUCUUCCCUGAUGUGAUAAGUAAGGGAGUGUCCUUGAAAGAAGGUGGUAAAGUCAUCCUCACAACAGACCUCUUAAGCACUAGUGAUUUGAACAGUCCUGAUGAAAACUUAGUGUUUACCAUCACCAAGGCUCCCCUGAGAGGUCUCUUAGAAUGCACAGAUCAACCUGGAGUGUCCAUCACAUCUUUCACUCAGCUUCAACUGGCUGGAAACAAAAUCUACUACAUACACACAGCUGAUGAUGAGGUGAAGAUGGACAGUUUUGAGUUUCAAGUCACUGAUGGACAUAACCCUGUCUUCCGGACAUUCCGUAUCUCCAUUAGUGAUGUGGACAACAAAAAGCCAAUUGUCACUAUCCAUAACCUGAUUGUCAGUGAAGGUGAAAACAAGCUGAUCACUCCCUUUGAACUCACUGUUGAAGACAGAGAUACUCCUGAUAAACUCCUAAAAUUCACUGUCACCCAGAUGCCUGUUCAUGGUCAACUCCUACUUAACAAUACCAGGCCUGCCAUGGUUUUUACUAAGCAAGACUUAAAUGAAAACUUAAUCAGCUAUAGGCAUGAUGGCACUGAGUCAAGUGAAGACAGCUUUUCCUUCACGGUAACUGAUGGCUCCCAUACAGAGUUCUAUGUUUUUCCUGAUACAGUAUUUGAAACAAGAAGACCCCAAGUGAUGAAGAUCCAGGUCUUAGCUGUUGACAAUAGUGUCCCCCACAUUGCAGUGAACAAAGGAGCUUCUACACUUCGCACUCUGGCCACUGGCCACUUGGGAUUCAUGAUCACAAACAAAAUAUUAAAAGCUGAGGACAGAGACAGCCUGUGUUUUUCUCUUAGGUUUAUUGUUACAGAGCUCCCUCGACAUGGAUAUCUCCUCAACUUGGGCAAAGGCAACCACAGUGUCACUCAGUUCACACAAGCUGACAUUGAUGACAUGAAAAUAUGCUAUGUUUUAAGAGAAGGGGCUAAUGCCACAAGUGAUAUAUUCCAAUUUACAGUUGAAGAUGGUGGUGGAAACAAGAUAACCAAGCAGCAUUUUCACCUGAAUUGGGCAUGGAUCUCCUUUGAAAAGGAAUAUUACCUGAUCAAUGAGGACUCCAAAUUUCUAGAUGUUGUUAUUAAACGUAGAGGUUACUUGGGAGAGACUUCAUUUAUAAGUAUUGGCACAAGAGAUGGGACUGCAGAAAAAGACAAAGAUUUCAAAGGUAAAGCACAGAAACAAGUGCAGUUCAACCCAGGCCAGACCAGGGCCACAUGGAAAGUGCACAUCAUGAGUGAUGAGGAGCAUGAGCAGUCUGAGACUUUCCAGGUGGUUCUCUCAGAACCAGUGCUGGCAGCUCUGGAAUUUCCCACGGUGACCACAGUGGAGAUCAUUGACCCAGGAGAUGAACCAACUGUAUUUAUUCCCCAGUCUGAAUACUCCAUUGCUGCUGAAGUAGAAGGAACAGCAAGCGGAACUGUGCCGACAUCAGUGCUGUCCUAUUCUGAUUACAUAUCCAGGCCUGAGGACCAUACUAGUGUCAUCCGCUUUGACAAACAUGAGCAUGAGAAAAUGUGUCGGAUUGUUGUGAUUGAUGACUCCCUGUAUGAAGAGGAAGAGACAUUCCAUGUCCUUCUGAGCAUGCCUAUGGGUGGUAGAAUUGGAUCAGAAUUCCCAGGGGCUUGGGUUACAAUCAUCCCUGACAAAAAUGAUGAACCCAUCUUCUACUUUGGUGAUGUUGAGUACUCUGUGGAUGAGAGUGCUGGCUAUGUGGAAGUGCAGGUAUGGAGAACAGGCACUGACCUGUCCAGGUCUUCUAGUGUCACCUUGAGAUCUCAGAAAACAAACCCUCCAUCUGCCAAUGCUGGAACAGACUAUGUGGGAAUUAGUCGUAAUUUAGAUUUUGCACCUGGAGUCAACAUGCAGACUGUUCGUGUCAUCAUUCUGGAUGAUCUUGGACAACCAGUGCUGGAGGGAAUUGAGAAACUUGAACUGGUGCUUCGUAUGCCUAUGAAUGCUGCCAUUGGCAAGCCCAGCAAAGCCACAGUGUCCAUAAACGACUCUGUCUCAGAUUUACCUAAGAUGCAAUUCAAAGAACGAGUAUAUACUGUCAAUGAAAAUGACAGGCAGAUAGUUGCAAUAAUCCACAGGAGUGGAGAUCUCCAGUUCAUGUCCUCAGUAAGAUGCUAUACACGACAGGGAUCUGCACAAGUGAUGAUGGACUUUGAAGAACGCCCAAACACUGAUAUCUCCAUCGUUGAAUUCCUGCCAGGUGAGACUGAGAAGCCUUGUAUCCUUGAGCUGAUGGACGACAGACUCUAUGAGGAAAUAGAGGAACUCCGCCUAGUUCUUGGCACUCCACAAAGCAACUCUCCCUUUGGGGCUACAGUUGGUGAACAAAAUGAAACUCUGAUAAGGAUCCGAGAUGAUGCUGAUAAGACUAUUAUUAAAUUCGGAGAAACCAAAUUUAGCAUAAAUGAACCUAAAGAACCAGGACAAUCAGUGGUUAUAAAGAUCCCAGUGAUUCGCCAAGGAGACACUUCAAAGGUUUCCAUCGUGAGAGUGCACACCAAGGACGGCUCGGCCACCUCUGGAGAAGACUACCACCCUGUGUCAGAAGAAAUUGAAUUUAAGGAGGGAGAAACCCAGCACAUUGUUGAAAUUGAAGUAAUCCACGAUGGGGUUAGAGAGAUGAGAGAGGCCUUCACUGUUCACCUAAAACCUGAUGAAAAUAUGAUAGCAGAGACACAGGUGACAAAAGCCAUUGUGUAUAUAGAAGAAAUGAACAGCAUGGCAGAUGUCACUUUUCCUUCUAUCCCUCAAAUUGUGUCCUUAUUGAUGUAUGAUGAUACUUCCAGAGCUAAAGAGAAUGCUGGACCUGUGUCUGGUUAUCCUGUCAUCUGUAUCACAGCUUGCAAUCCUAAAUAUUCAAACUAUGACAAAACAGGUUCUAUUUGUACAAGUGAGAACAUCAAUGAUACUUUGACUCUGUACCGAUGGCUGAUUAGUGCACCCACUGGCACUGAUGGUGUGACCAGCCCCAUGAAAGAAGUGGACUUUGACACCUAUUUUACAUCAUCCAAGAUGAUCACUUUAGACUCCAUAUACUUUCAACCUGGCUCAAGGGUACAGUGUGCGGCUCGUGCUGUCAAUACCAAUGGCAAUGAAGGCCUGGAGCUGAUGAGCCCUAUUGUAACCAUCAGUAAAGAAGAAGGUCUUUGUCAGCCUCGGGUGCCAGGGAUAGUGGGAGCAGAGCCAUUUUCAGCUAAGUUGCGCUACAUGGGCCCCGAGGACCCGGAGUACACAAACCUUAUCAGGCUCACGGUCAUGAUGCCACACACAGACGGCAUGCUCCCUGUGAUCUCCACUAAAGAACUUUCCAACUUCGAGCUCACCCUCAGCCCUGAUGGCACAAGAAUUGGAAACCACAAGUGCUCAAAUCUCCUGGAUUAUACUGAAGUAAAGACCCAUCAUGGUUUUUUGACUGAUGCUAGAAAAAAUCCAGAAAUAGUUGGAGAGAUGUAUCCUUAUCAGUACAGUUCAUCUAUCAGAGGUUCAAGUACCUUACGCUUCUACCGAAAUCUGAACCUAGAGGCCUGUUUGUGGGAGUUUGUUAGCUACUAUGACAUGUCAGAACUUCUCACUGAUUGUGGAGGCACUGUUGGAACAGAUGGACAGGUCUUAAACCUAGUGCAGUCGUAUGUGACUCUUCGAGUCCCUCUGUAUGUUUCCUACGUGUACCAUUCCCCUGUUGGAGUAGGAGGUUGGCAGCAUUUUGACUUGAAGUCAGAACUUCGUCUAACUUUCGUGUAUGACACUGCCAUCUUGUGGAAUGAUGGAAUUGGCAGCCCACCAGAAGCUGAACUCAAAGGUUCUCUGUAUCCAGCUAGCAUGCGCAUUGGUGAAGAGGGGUGCUUGGUUGUGAACUUCAAGACAGAAGCUAAAUUCCAUGGCUUGUUUGUGCUGUCACAUCCUGGAUCCUUCACAAGAUCAAUGAUUAUGUCAGCUGAUCAUCCAGAACUGACUUUUUCCCUGCACCUAAUAAGGAGUGAACCAACCUAUAACCAGCCAGUCCAGCAAUGGAGCUUUGUCUCUGAUUUUGCAGUACGUGACUACUCAGGAACCUAUACUAUAAAACUGCUGCCAUGCACCACCCUAUUGCAUCAGAAGUAUCACCUGCCUGUCACCUGCAACCCCAGAGAACCUGUCACCUUUGAUCUUGACAUCCGAUUCCAGCAGGUCAGUGAUCCAGUGGCGGCUGAGUUUAGCUUGAACACCCAAAUGUACCUACUCUCCAAGAAGAGUCUCUGGUUGUCUGAUGGAUCCAUGGGAUUUGGGCAUGAGAGUGAUGUUGCUUUUGCAGAAGGUGAUAUUAUUUAUGGUCGUGUUAUGGUAGAUCCUGUCCAGAAUCUAGGUGAUUCCUUUUACUGCAGUAUUGAGAAGGUGUUUCUGUGCACUGGAGCUGAUGGCUAUGUUCCCAAGUACAGUCCAAAGAAUGCAGAAUAUGGCUGCUUAGCUGAUUCUACUUCACUCUUAUAUAGAUUUAAAAUUGUGGACAAAGCUCAGCCAGAGACACAAGCCACCAGUUUUGGAAAUAUUCUGUUUAAUGCCAAACUGGCAGCAGAUGACCCUGAAGCUACUCUUUUAGUGAAUCAGCCUGGAUCCGAUGGAUUCAAAGUGGACUCAACACCACUCUUUCAGGUCGCUCUGGGCCGAGAAUGGUACAUACACACGAUCUACACAGUAAGAUCAAAAGACAACUCCAACAGGGGCAUUGGCAAAAGAAGUGUGGAGUACCAGUACCACUCUAUAGUGAGUCCAGGAAAGCCCCAGCCAACUACCAAGAGCAGGAAGAAGAGGAAGAUCAGGAGCACACCCCCACUGGUAUGGGCAAUUGGGGCUAAAAACAGCCGGGGAACAAACAUCCAGCACAUUUCCCUGGACCGAACCAACAAGAAGCAGGACCCCAAAGGAAGAGUUCCUCCUGACAGCAUCCUCCCCUGGGAGCGCAACAGUCCCAUCUCUGAGGUCAGCCUGGUCAUGGUCAUGGGAGGCAUCGCAGUGGGAUUACUCACUCUUGGCCUCAUUGCCAUUGCAGCAGUGAUAUGCAAGAGCAAGAGGAGUGCCAGGAGGAAGGAUGCUCCAAAGGGCUCAGGCAGCAGCGAGCCCAUGAUGUCCCCACAUAGCUACCACAGCGAUAGCUCAGAGGUUUGAUGGCCAUGGGUGCAAUUCAACAUUUUCCUCAAGUGCCUCAGACUUAAAAGAACAGAAAUCCAAAUGCUUCUAUACAUGGCAGAGAAUUGGGAACUUCUGUGACGAAGCUGCUUAGAGGACCUGACUGUGCUAAUAAACUUUGAUUUGAAUUCUGUCUACUCUGUUAUACAUCAAAGGAAAAAUUCAGACCACAGACCACAUUUUUUCCUCUUGCCCAGAAAGCAGCAACAAUGUAUUCACAUAUACCCAGAGCUAUAAGUGGACAGCAAAGAAUGUACUUCUCAUUUUAGGCAUUUUAGCUACACAAUGGAGAUGAAUUUAUUCAAAGGUGCUGAUAGACUCUCUGAGCCAUUUCAGAGGCAUCUAUUGUAUGAACUUUGAAGGUGCAAGUAUCACAUUGGUUGUAUAACAUUUUAUUACUAGAAAUAUUGUAAUUGGUAGUCUGAGAAAAUAAUGCACAUUGUUUAUUAUGACAAGUUUUCUAGUAAGUGAAGACAGCAUAGAAUUAUGACCAAGGGUAACUCAACCCACAGAUCACCUUUUAUACUACUUGGGAGGGAAUAGAAGGAAAAAUAAAGGGAAAGUAAAUCACUAAUUUGAAUUUGAAUUGUUUCUCAUCCUCAUCAGACCCUCCUUGUUUAAUUUCCUUAUUUAAUUUUUAACUAAACUGAAGAAUAUGUUAAGUCUAAAGGGAAUUGUUGAAGAGAGACUGCUCUGUUUUGGUAGAAAGUGAGAAAUAGUAGAGUUCUUGCAUGAUCAUAUACCUAAUUGGUGCUCAAUAUUUGUAGAAAAUGAGAGGGUUGGUGACAUUUUGACAGCAAAGAAGUGCCAUAGAGUUAGAUUCACAUUUACAAGACAAUCUUCCCUAAGAACUGAGCCUAGGUGUUUUCAGUAUUGAACCCACAAGUGAUAAUGAGAAACAUCGUUAUCUGAAAGAAGAAAGUGGUGUUUCUUAACAUCAUAUGUUUAACCAAAGUGCUUAUUAUACAUACUUUAUAGAAUAAAAAAAACAUUUUAACAGAUGAUAAUAGUACAUUAGUUUAAACCUCAGAGUAGCAUAAUCACAUGACCAUGUCCAGAAUUUCAAUUGGCCAUAGGACAUUAUAUUACUUUCUAAUCAGCAUCUGCUCUAAACCCUGGAAAUCUCUGCAACUGUCACUCCAGAGUUCUUGGUGGUGUCCAGCAUCAUCCAUCAUAUUCUUCUUAUAUCCAAAAGGAAAGUAUCAUUCUUUGGCAUCUCUAGUUGAAUAACUGAUGCAUUGUGGUCCUCUCUGUACCUAAAAAUAUAAUUUAUAACACUGUUUAGUGUGUUAAAAACCAAAGAACUUGAUUGAAUGAACUUACUUGGCAAGCCUCCCAUUGCCUUUCUGAAAAAUGUGCUUUCAGCAAAUAGCAAAAAUCUUGGUUUGAAAUGAAAAAUGUCAGCAGUUUUAUCACCAAUCUUUGAAAAGCUAGUAAAUGUAUUGCAAGCAAAAGUAAGGUCAGUGGGGAAAGAGCCAUACCUGAAAACUAACCUUUCAGUGUUGCCUGAAAUCCCCUUUCACUUGCAGCCAUAACCUGGCCACAGUGGACAUCCUGGUGGAAUGAAGAUAAUUAGAAGACCAAUCUUUCUCCAGGUCAUAGAGGCGCAUUUGUCUGGUGUCUGUGAACACACCAAACAUCUCUUGCUUGAAAGAAAAAGAAGCUACAGUGGUACUGGGAGAGAGGUAAAAAGUAUCUAAUACUUGCCUCUCUUCUUUUGGGCAGUCUCUUCACAUUCAAAGUCUUUUUAAAGAAUAGAUUUUC